GCAUUGCAUUGAAUGUAUUGAAUGUUUUGGUGCCAAUACAAGUGAACACAAGUGGGAGUUAAGGCUAAGGUGUGAGUGAGUGUUGAGUCCGUGAGUCGGAGUCUAUGCAACGCUUAUAACACGUAAUCUUUAAUAAACCGACGAAAAUAUAUUACGUAAACGCGAGACACUAUUGCAGUGCUAAAGGGCUGUCUCUGCCAGUAGUGGGCAAUCAUAUCAGUGCUGAACAGUUUGUGUUAGUAAACCAUAGACUCUCUCUCUCUCUCUCUCCCUCUGCGCCUUCAAAUCCAUAUGUCAUUGCAUUUGCGACAAAACAUAUUGUAAUUGUUUUAAAACAUCCAAUAAAUCAUUAAUUGGUUUUUUAAAUUACUUUUCAAACCACGCGUUAAUCCAUACGACAGUCGACUCGCUAUUAGUGUUGUAUUAGUGAGUGUUUUGAGUGAUAUGUGGACCACAACUGUCUUAAGACCGACACAUGUUUGAUGUUUGAACCGAUUUUCAAGUGAAGUGUUUUUCGGACAUUAGUUUCUUGACGACAACUGGUGUUUGAAAUACCCAUUGAUUUACUGAUUGUUAACGCGAUUUACAAAAAGCCGACAAUGAAUAAGACGUGGUCUGAGAGGAGUGUUUGCGAUGACUUUCAUUUGUCACCAAACAGUCUGUUGUCUUCGUUUGAGACCUCCAUCGACGACGACCUGAGCUUCGAGUUCUCACAGAUGGUGGACAACAACGACCCGUGGAUUGGGAACGGAGUGAUCGAUAAUAUCAAUAUAUUUAGCGGACAAAUGUUUGACGAAGACUUUAACUCAGAUUCAAGCAAAUCGAGUGUAUCGUUAAGUCCGGAACCGGUGUCCGUGAAAUGCGAGGUCGAGAUCGACAACGAGAUCGAAAUCAAUAGCGAAGAACUCAACGACUGUAACAUUGAUUCGCCGGUGAGUUAUACGGAGAGCACGGGAAGCAGUUCUUCGUCGCAAAACUAUGACUUCUCCAAAGUAGUACUCCUGAGCGCACAGAACAUCAAAAAAGAGCCCAAAGAAUACAAUAGUGGGUCGAGUACUAAGAGCUCACCGAAGACAUCGCCAAAGAGCCGAACGCCGAGGAAUAUAAAGAUCACGGAUUUGGUUCUCACCGACGAAGAGAAGCGAUUGCUGGCCAAAGAAGGUUACCACGACUUCCCCUCUGGAAGUCUACCCCUCACUAAACACGAGGAGAAAAUACUGCGAAAAAUACGGCGAAAGAUCCGCAACAAGAAGUCGGCCCAAUGCUCGCGGCAGAGGAAGAAGGAGUACUUGGAAGACCUCGAGAGGCGGUUCGACGAACGCAACCACGAGAACGAACAGCUCAAGAAGGAAGUGAUCAAAUUGAAGAAAGACAACGACACUCUCCUCAUGAAAAUGAAAAAGAUUCUGUCGAUGAACGGACAGAACGCCUCAUUCAAGUCAUCCUUCUUCGUCAUCAUUCUUAGUUUCCUAUUAAUUCUCGUGCCUUACUUUAGACCCGAAAUGGAAGAGUUUGGUCUGAAUGAGAAGGAUGUCGUGGGAACGGGUCGUCAUCUUCUGGCCACUCUAUAUUCAGGUUUCUAA